AUGUACAUUUGUGACGUGUGCUUCUUUGAUGUGUGUCGUGCUCUUGUGAUGCUCACUUUUGGGAUGUGUGCUCCUGUGAUGUGUGCUCUUGCGAUGUGUGCCCUUGCGAUGUGUGCUAGUGUGGUGCGUGCUCUUGUGAUGAGUGCUCUUGUGAUGAGUGCUCUUGUGAUGAGUGCUCUUGCGAUGUGUGCCCUUGCGAUGUGUGCUCCUGCGAUGUGUGCUCUUGCGAUGUGUGCUCUUGUGAUGUGUGCUCUUUCGAUGUGUGUCCUUGCGGUGUGUGCUCGUGUGGCGCGUGCCCUUGCUGUGAGUGCUCUUGCGAUGUGUGCUUGUGUGGCCGGGGACGAGUGCUGCGUGCACGCGCGCAGCGUGGAGUGCUCGUCGGCGUGCGUGGCCGUGUUCCGCGCGCUGCAGACGCCGUCGCGGGAGGCGCGCGCGCACGCCAGCCACGCGUGCGCGCAGGAGAACCCGCGCCUGCUCGCCUGCCUGCGCAACGCCACGCGCACCACGCCCGCCACCAACUCGCACAGGCAGCUGCACUGCUGCGACAAGUCGGACGUGCCGGGGUGUCGCGAGGCGUGCCGCCGCGUGCUGCGCACCGCCACCGUCAGCCAGGAGAUCGUCGACACGCUGGAGCACGCCGUUUUUCGUUUGAAGUGUUUAUCUGAGCCCGUGACGAGAGAAUGGCGAUGUGUGUUGCGUGCCAGUGUGCUAAGCGGUGGCAAAGACGAGUGGACAUGUACGGCGCUGUGGCAGUGCUUCCUGCAGACGCCGGCGGGCGCGGGGCAGGGCCCGUCGCGCAUCGACCGCGUGGGCAUGGACGCCGCCAAGCUGCACUGCUGCGCCAAGGCGUCGCGCGACGCGUGCCGUCGGCCUGUGCGUGCGCACCUUCUCCAACGAGUGGACGCGCGCCUGGGACGACUUCCACCGGCUCCUGCUCGCGCACCUCUCCGAGGACGCGCUCGCGCACUGCCUCGAGGAAGUGUGGUAACAUCUGUUGUGUCCACUCGUGCAGUGGAGGAGCCGUGCGAGCUGGGGUGCGACGGCCUCAACUACUGCACCAACUUCAACAACCGUCCCACGGAGCUGUUCCGGUCGUGCGGGCGCGCGGCGGACGACGCGGCGCGGCUCGACGUGGCCACGUGGACGCGCAACGGGGAGCUGUCGCUGCCGGCGGCGGGCGGCGCGCGUGGGCGCGCGGCGCGCGGCGGGCUGCGCCGCCGCUGCGCAACCUCUCCGCCUGCUCGCCCCGCCGCUGGCGGCGCCGUCGCCUGCGCGCUGCAGCUGCGCCCCUGCCCACCGCACACGCACACCAACCGCAUCUGCAGAGUGAGGGAACAGAUGACUUUCUGCAUGCACACCGAC